AUGGAGUCACCAACUGUGCAGCCGCAAGUUGCAUCAACAAGCACACCAAGGAAAAAAAUGACAAAACAAUUGACAGGUAAAAGGGAUGAUACCCCUCUGCACUCAGCUGCAAGAGCAGGGAAUCUGAGCGUUCUGAAAGACACAGUUAGUGGCAAUGAAGGGGGUGAACUGCGUGCGUUGUUGACAAAGCAGAACCAUGCUGGAGAAACGGUGCUUUAUGUUGCUGCUGAAUAUGGUUAUGUUGAUAUGGUUAGGGAGAUGAUUCAAUAUUAUGAUCUUGCUGGUGCUGGAAUCAAGGCAAGGAAUGGUUUUGAUGCACUCCACAUUGCUGCCAAACAAGGCGAUUUAGAUAUUGUGAAGAUUCUAAUGGAGGCUCAUUCUGAAUUGUCAAUGACAGUGGAUCCAGCCAACACCACAGCCCUGCACACUGCUGCAUUACAAGGGCAUAUUGAGAUAGUGACAUUUCUUUUGGAAGCAGGUAGUAAUCUGGCAACCAUUGCUAGAAGUAAUGGGAAAACGACUUUGCAUUCUGCAGCAAGAAAUGGACAUUUAGAGGUUGUGAAAGCACUUCUGGAGAAGGAGCCUGCAGUUGCAACGCGUACUGAUAAGAAGGGACAGACAGCACUUCACAUGGCAGUGAAGGGACAGAAUCUUGAGGUGGUGGAGGAGUUGAUAAAAGCUGAUCCCUCAACACUAAACAUGGUUGAUAAUAAGGGUAACACGGCAUUGCAUAUAGCAACCAGGAAGGGCAGGGGUCAGAUUGUUAAGCUGCUUCUUGGACAGACAGAAACAGAUUCAUUGGCAGUUAAUAAGUCAGGGGAAACCGCACUAGACACUGCUGAAAAAACUGGGAACUCGGAUGUUAAAGAAAUUCUGCUGGAACACGGUGUUCGAAGCGCCAAAGCCUUAAAGGCUCAGCCAGCAACAGCUACAGCCCGUGAGUUGAAACAAACUGUGAGUGACAUAAAGCAUGAAGUUCACUACCAGUUGGAACACACUCGCCAAACUAGAAGAGGUGUUCAAGGCAUAGCCAAACGUCUCAACAAAAUGCAUGCUGAAGGACUCAACAAUGCAAUAAACUCCACCACUGUGGUUGCAGUCCUCAUUGCCACAGUUGCCUUUGCAGCUAUUUUCACAGUCCCUGGGCAAUUUGCUGAUGAUCCAAAAGACAUUCCUCCAGGUUCAGGGAUGUCCCUUGGUGAAGCAAACAUAGCCCCACAACCUGCAUUUCUCAUUUUCUUUGUCUUUGAUUCCAUUGCCCUCUUCAUUUCUCUGGCUGUGGUGGUGGUGCAAACCUCGGUUGUGAUCAUAGAAAGCAAGGCAAAAAAGCAGAUGAUGGCCAUCAUUAAUAAGCUAAUGUGGUUGGCUUGUGUGCUUAUUUCCGUGGCCUUCUUGGCACUGACAUUUGUAGUGGUGGGUAAGGAUCAGAGGUGGCUAGCAAUUGGGGUCACUAUCAUAGGGACCACUAUAAUGGCCACAACUUUGGGCACCAUGUGUUACUGGGUCAUUAGGCAUCGCAUUGAGGCCUCAAAUUUAAGGAGCAUCAGGAAAUCUUCCUUGGGAAGCAGGUCAAGAUCUUUUUCAGUAUCAGUUAUGUCAGAUUCUGAGCUACUAAACAAUGAGCGUAAGGUACUGUAUGCGAUAUAG